AUGGAGGCCAAGCUCCAGGCGUGGAGGGAGCAGAAGCGGAAGCGGGAGGAGGCCGCGCGGAACCGGGCCGCUCCUCCGUCCAAGAAGCAGGUCCCGGCGAGGAAUCUCGGGCCAGCGAAGCUAGCGCGACCCAAGGUGCUCGUGGCCAAGUCGUCCAAGACAGCGCAACCGGCCCCGUCCAUCGAGAAGGCGAGCGUACCCUCGGCCAACGUGCGCCAGACGAAGGACGAUGCAACGCCCGUCGUCGCAGUGGCCAUCGUUGCCGAGCCUGCGCUGCCCGCCGUUGUUAGCGGCGCCCCUGCCAGAUCUGGAUCGUUCUCGCGUUCGUCGGGCGCAUCUUCCUCGUCAACAGACGUCUACCGAAGCGCGCCCCGGCAAACAUCUGCUGCCAUCUCGUCGCCAUUGCGGCGGCUCUCGAGCGGAUCAACGCCGUCGCCAUCGACGUCGUUGACCAAGUCGUUUGAGCGCAAGCGCUUGUCAACGUCGUCGUCCUCGUCAACGACAGGACCCCCCAAGGUAGCAUCACCAAACACACCAACCCCGUCCUUUGUGGCCCCUCCCGCACCAUCCGUCAUCCAGCGACGUGUCAGCAUGGAUCAGCUUCGACCCAAGCCCAUGACCCAGGAGGAAGAUCGACGGGCGUCCGUGGCCAACCCGCUCAUGCCGCACCAUCGUCGCGUCUCCAACCUCGGUGCCGGCCCUCUCCGCGUGCUUGCAACGCACCAAGAUAGCGAUUCAGACGAGAGCAGUGACAACCGACCCGAGUCGCGCUCGAGCAGUGGCGAGUCGACCGCGCAGCCUUCGCUGUGGCAAAGCCGUCCAGCCUUUACAGGUUUGGCACGCCGGACGUCCCUGAGCCGCUCGUCCAUCGAGCGGCAAUCCCUGGACGCGCCGUCGGUCAUGCUUGCCCAGCGCACGCGAAAGUGGACGCGCGACGACUUUAAGUUUACAGACAAGAAGCUUGGCUUUGGCAAAUUUGGCUACGUCUACUUGGCCCGACAAAGGACCGCCACCGAGAAGGAAGUCGCACUCAAGGUCUUGACCAAGCUCCGUCUUGACGACGCAGGCAUGCAGAGCCUGAAAAUGGAGGUGGCGAUUCAGUCGCGCCUGUUGCACCCCAACAUCCUGCGCUUGUACGGCCACUUUCACGACGACACGCUCCUGUACUUGAUCCUCGAGUACGCGCCCCGGGGCACGCUCCAGAAGCUUCUGGCCGACCAACCAACGGGCACGUUUCCCGAGGCGACGGCCGCCCACUAUAUUUAUCAGGUCGCGUGCGCGCUCAAGUACCUUCAUGAGCGACACGUGAUCCACCGCGACAUCAAGCCGGACAACCUUUUGCUCGGCCCCGAAGGUGGCAUCAAGGUGGCCGACUUUGGCCUCGCUGCCCACGCGCCGCCGCCCGACUCGCGUCGCCGGACGUUUUGUGGCACGCCCGAGUACAUGGGCCCCGAAAUCGUGUGUCGCGGCGAGUACGGCUGCGAAGUUGACAUUUGGAGCCUCGGCGUCCUUGCGUACGAGCUCCUCCUUGGCCAAACCCCGUUCCACGGCGACGACGUGUUUGCGAAAAUCAGUGCUUGGUGCGACCAAGACUGUCCGCCUUUCCCACUACUGUUUGCAAGCCCAACGCUGUCGACGACGGCCAAAGACUUUGUGCAUGGCCUCCUCCGUCCCGUGGAGCUCCGGCGGUCGCUCGAUGACACACUGCAACACGAGUGGCUUCGUCCUUUUCGAUAGAACUCGAGACGAUAAGAUCCAGUAAUGGGAUCACGGCAGCGACACGAGCGCACGGCAGUCGACGGGCACGGCCUCGAGCAGUCCUUUGGCAUCGAGCCACGAGCGGCUGAAGAGC